AAGAUAGGCCACGGAGAAAUUGUGUAAGCAAUAUUAACGAAGAAAUAAAUGCUAGGAUCAUGAAAUCGAAAACCCCGUGUAAAAUGAUGCUCUAGAUCCCGAGAUAUUUAUAGUUAAACAUGCUCAUUUACACCUGCCCAGGCGAUCGAUAACCAAGCCGAGUGCUACUUCCGGUUUAGAUGUUUACAAUAUCUGUGACGUCACAAGUGUGUCUUGGGUUUCCCCAUGUAUAUUACAGAGAUGGCUGAACUGUCUGUUAAUAUUGAGAAUGAAAGUCAAUCGGAACGUUCUGAAGAUGAGCAAACUCUGGAUUUGUCCUGCGGAUCAUCUAGUUUUGACGAAAGUGUUACUGACGAAGUCUACGACCCCAAUUCUAUUAAGCCAUUCCGAUUUGAGCCGUACGAAAGUGGGUCAAAUGAAUCAGAUUCUGUUGACUCGGAUGAUCAUGAAAAUAUAGACAACCGCUUACAAAACACUGAUUGGUGCACUUGUGGUAAUUGCAUAUCAAUGCCAACCGCAGCAGAAUCAGUAUGUUGUCACGAAGUUGAGAAAAUACACCACCUAUUCACAGACUUAAAUUCAGAGGUCCAUUGUAUUACAGCCCAUCCUGGUUUUCAACCAGCAUGUUUAAAUACAUACGUUCUACAGAUAGCAUACUACCAGUACAAGCAGCAGUACAGGGAAGACAUUGAAGACUCUUCCGAGUAUGUUUAAUAAUAAAUUUAUUGUAUUGCACAUAUUAAUCAAUUUAUGUCAAUAUUGUCUGUCUUUCUAUUUGUCCUCAAAAACUUAAUCUUGUCCCUAACUUUUGAUUUAGUGGAGC